AUAACUUUCGCUCGUAUAUCUUCUUGAAAGCAAUGCGGCUCAAAAUGAUCCUCGCAUACAACUCUACUUUGCACAUAUUUAUAAGUUUUCACGUUGAAUUUGUCUGUCCCAAUAUUGUGUAACCAUUUUGCACACCUUUCUCGAUCAGUAACGGGAUUUGGAAUCGAAAAGAAACUGUGAUUCGGAUGUUCUCCCUGCUUUUUCGAGCAGCCAAAAGCUUGGCACAUCGGCAUGAUGGGUUUUUCGGCUGCAAGAGGAAGAUGAAGGCAUCGACGGCGAGGGAGCACCGCUUCCCGGGCCCGCGGUUCGCACACAGAGACGGUCAUGCGCAGUAACACAAAAAAUAAUGUGGUUGAAAUGCUGAAUGGAUUAUAUCUGCUAUUCGAUUCUCGAAUCGAGCUAUACGAUGUGUACAAGGUCGAAACGGUCAACGAAACAUACAUGCUUGCAUCAGGCGUUCCAGAUCAUCAUGAUCGACACGUUUGUGAAAUUGCCACGGUGACCCUUGACCUGAGGCAUCACGUGAACAUCCUAGAGGUGCCUCAUAAACCGCACAUGAAGAUAAAAGUUCGUUUCGGAAUCCACAUGGGCCCGUUGGUUGCUGGUGUGGUUGGUCUGAAGAUGCCCCGAUACUGCCUGUUUGGAGACACAGUCAACACGGCGUCUAGGAUGCAGACUACGGGACUACCUGGCCAGAUCCACGUAAGUUACGACACAUACAUGGGACUGUUGGAGUGGGGUGGAUACAGCUUCGUCAAACGUGGCAUGAUCGACAUCAGAGGUAAAGGGACGAUGUACACGUACUGGUUGACUGGUCGAGAUGACUUUGAUAUGAUAGGUCUUGAUGUCUCGGCACGUGACCACAUGGGGAUCCAGGAGCAUCGCUACGCGCACAUGUACGAUCAAAUGUACAAAGGUCGUGUCCAGUUUGCGGGAAAGAACAUUUCCGAAUCUCCGACAAAUUUGUGAGAAUUACCUUCUGCUUGAGUUUAGUUGAUAGGGACUUAAUUAUAGGACGCGCGGGAACGUUUCUGAGAAUGCUAAAUAUAGAUCAACCAAAUAAAUUCCCUUCCACGCAAGCGCGAUAUGAUACUUUUCUCCGUUUUCUGUUUUUUUACGAGUACGUUAUUCAAACAAAAAUAAUGAAAAUGUAAAAAUGUAAAAAAGGUCUCGCACGUUGUUUUAAGCCCGUCACUUUAUAACAACAUGCUGUUUAAAGUUUAAACAAUUGUUUAAACAUACUCUCUGACAUUGUUUAAACUUUUUACAUAACUUGUCUAAAGUUUUUAAUAGCUUGUUUAAAACUUUAAAGAAGUUGUUAGGGGACGGGCUUAACAUCGUGGGCGCGUAUGUGCAUGCUCGACUUAAUUAAAAUGUAGAGGUUCACGUUCCCGGGAGUUUUACCGAACGAAGAGUCCCGAAUGUGAAAGUGUACGCAAGGAUUCCCAGAAUCCCCAAACGAUUAAGCUUGGGUUACACCCACUGGAACCGAAUCAGCUGCGAAUCCAUCCGAAUACACGUAUUCGUGUGUUUUCGGAAGUAUUCUGUUCUUCCUCGGGAACAUUCGAAUCCAACGAAACCAUCCGAAUUAUUCCGAAUUCGGCUAGAAUCGGUUCGGAUUUAUUCGGGAGAAUUCGGUUUUGGUGUAACCCUGGCUUUACCCAUUCACUCUCUGGGGUUGAUCAUAUAUACUUAAUAUUUGCUGUUUGUGUAGAAUGGAGUUCGGGGAAGGAUAUCCCCGAAUCUACAUUUCACCUGUAAAGAAACAUUGCUGUCUGCACUUGUUUGGAUAUAAUCAUAUGUAUAAACUUUUUUUUAAAGUAAUUUGUUAAACUUGGCAUUAUUAUUCAUGUCAUAUGAAAGUGACAUGCAUUCGCAAUUGUGGUUUGACGAUCUGACGAUAUUGACAAUUUUUUUAUUAUUUAUAUCUGGUGUAUGCGUUUAUAUGCAAGCCAUUACUUUGAUUGGCCUACCGCAUAAUUGUAUUUUCCUGUCAAAUUCUCAAUAUUUUGUUGUUAAACUGUGUUUUUCCUGUCUAUCUGAUAUUUGUGUAAUUUAUUUAUUUAUGAAAUGUUUACUGUGAAUUUUGUUUAAAUGUCCGAAGUGAUUGGGGAAUAUAUUGGUCUAUAUCGCCAGUUUUUUCUUUUGUUACUAUAUCAUAUGAAUUCUGGAAAUAUUUUUCUUUUGUAUCAACAUAAUCAACUUACAAUGAGGAUGACUCUACCCGUUUUAUAGGGGAUUUCUGUUGUUAGGGAAGAAAAUAUUUGUAAUUUGAUUAGAGAUUAAAAGGUAUAUACGUAUAUAAUGUAUAAUUAAAUAAUUAUCUGUAUAAGCAUUGAUUAAAUAGCAAAGAUGUGUUUUUAUUUGUUCUUCAAUUAUAUAUUUUUGAUUUAAAAUGUUUACAAGUACAUGCAUGUUGUGCACAAUCUUAAAGUAAAAAAAUCAACAACUCGUUGAUUUUUUGAAGAAGAAAAACUUGAAGAAAAAUAAAAUGAAAGAAGUAGAAGAAGCUGAAGAAGAAGAGGAAAAAGAAGAAGAAUAUUAAUAAGAAGAAGCUGAUGAUAAUGAUGAUGGUAAAAAAAGAAGAUGAAACUAAAGAAUUAAGAAGAGAAAGAAGAAGAAGCUACUGCCGAUGAUGAUG